AUGGGCUCCAACCUUCCCUAUGCCGCCGACGCUGAGAGCCCGCUGAAACCAGCGGAACUCCAGGUCCUCCGCUCCCAGUACGAGAAAGAAGGCGACUACGUCGGCAUUCAGACCAAGUUCAACUAUGCCUGGGGCCUGAUCAAAUCCAACGCCCGGGGCGAACAGCAAGAGGGUGUCCGUCUGUUGUCAGAGAUCUUCCGUGCCGCGCCCGAACGACGACGAGAAUGCCUCUACUACCUUGCGUUGGGCAACUAUAAACUCGGAAACUAUGGCGAGGCCCGGCGGUACAACGACCUGCUGCGCGAGAAGGAGCCGGCCAAUCUACAGGCAGCCAGUCUGGGGCAGCUGAUCGAUGAGAAGGUGUCCAAGGAGGGACUGAUGGGGAUUGCCAUCGUGGGUGGACUGGCGCUGGCAGCGGGAGUUGUCGGUGGACUGGUGAUGCGGGGGGCAAAGAGACGCUAG